AUGGGCUCCCCGGGGCAUUAUAUGCUCUAUGCUUCAGCCGUGUUUCGACAGCAAUGGAUACUGUUACGGCGAUGAGAGCAUCUUCCUCCAUUCUAGAUCUUACUGCUGGAUUGUGUCAUCUCGCUUGCGGCCGGGGGUAUAUUCACUUCUUCGACCGUGCUUGCUUACCCGUCCCUACCCCGGUCUUUUCUGCUCCGCUGGCAUUUAUCAGGUUCUAUUGAUAUGCGCGUAUAGAUGAAGCUGUGGUUUGAAAUGGAGCUGGCAAGAACAUCCAUUAUAUACCGGACCAUGUGCUCAUUGUGCUCUCUUGCUCACAUCGAUCCUUCGCUCCUUGAUAUUUGUACCUGGAUUUCCUUCCCGGCAUGGAAGUGAUGAGCUUUCCGAAUGUCGAUAGAAAGACGAGCAACAAUCCCAGCCCCGAAUCCGAAACCAUGGAGCUUUCGCUGGCCCCAAAGAUUCACGCCCAACCUGAUGUUGAAGAAUCGAUGGAUGCACGGAUCGAGAGACUCGGACGUGAACGACCCCCUGCAUUCGGGUCCAUGUGGUCUGAAAUGGCCUUCGUGUUCAGCAUAAUAAUGUCCCAGAUUAUAACGGAGUAUUUUGUUUCGGGAUUCAAUGUCCUGCUCCCGACACUCAUCGAAGAACUCGGCAUUCCUCAGUCAUCCAGCGUGUGGCCAGCCACGGCGUUCUCCCUGGUCAUUGCGAGCAUGCUCCUGGUUUUCGGCAGGCUCGGCGACAUGUUCGGGGGCUACCCUGUCUAUGUCGCCGGUUUGGUAUGGCUUCUAAUCUGGAGCAUUGUCUGUGGCUUCAGUACUUCUCCUCUCAUGCUGGACUUCUGCCGAGCACUGCAAGGUCUUGGAGCCGCCGCUUACCUGCCCACUGGGGUUAUGUUGAUGGGGAGCGCCUACAGACCUGGGCCGCGCAAGAACCUGGCCUUCGCAUUGUACGGCACCUUUGCUGUUGUCGGGUUCUUUGUGGGGAUAUUCUGUGCUGGAAUCGUCGGUCAAUUCCUGGCCUGGGGCUGGUUCUUCUGGAUUGGAGCCAUCCUUACCGCCAUCACCGCCACGACGUCGAUGCUAUCUAUUCCCAAUGAUUGGAAAGAACGGCGGAAGAACAAGAUUCCCAUGGAUUGGCUGGGUACCAUGACGAUAGUGCCGGGGUUGGUCCUUGUCGUCUUCGCAAUCACCGAAUCCGCACAUGCUCAACGGCGGUGGCAGACUCCUUACAUUCCGACCCUGUUUUGCCUUGGAUUGAUACUGCUUCUGAUCGCCGUAUAUGUGGAAGGCUGGAAAGCACGAGUCCCACUCUUACCGGGUGAUAUCUUUACCGUCCCGUGCAUGGUACAACUCGUUAUCGCGAUGCUAUUCCUCUAUGGAAACUUCGGCGUCCUUUUACUUUACGGAACCUUGUACUUCCAGAAUAUCAUGGGCGCCACCCCUAUUCAGGUCGUCGCGUGGUGGACGCCAACGGUGGUCGGCGGAGUGAUCUUGAGUACCAUAGAAGGGUUCAUCCUCCAUCUGGUGUCGGGCCGCCUGCUCUUGAUUAUUUCAUGCCUUGGCGCCAUUGGGUCUCAGCUGCUUCUGGCUCGAAUUCCUGAGGGUGGAAACUAUUGGGCUUGGAUUUUCCCGGCGUGCAUUCUGGGUACUGUUGGCAUUGAUCUCUCGUACAACCUGAUCGCCGUCUUCAUCACCACACAGAUGCCCAAGGCGCGACAGGGGCUGGCGGGGGGACUUAUCAACUCGGUCUUGCAGCUGGGCUUUGCUCUGCUUCUGGGCUUCACCGACAUUGUUCAGUCAUACACGGUGGACGAGUCUGGGCUGAGACAGAGCUACAAGAACACGUUUUGGUUCGGCGUGGCUGCUGGUAUUGCGGCCUUGUUACUGGUCACAAUCUGGGGAAAGGUCCCGAAGGCGAAGAGCGACCUCACUGCAGACGAGAAGCUGGAGCUACAGCGGGAGGCUACAAGGCUGUCAGAAGCCUCACGCACAAGGUCUGGUGGGAUCGAGUAGCCAUUCCACUGCUGUGACCUGCGACGUAGAUGUUAUGUACGAAGAUGGUCCUAUGACAUAACAGAGGUGUAGCCUCUUGGGCUAUGAGCACAAACCGCCAUAUCUGGUCUCUCCAAUUGUCUUUAUCGUUCGAGUCCUCCCGUCAACGC